CGUCUCCUCUCCUCAGAUCCAAACCACGCACCCGCAGUGACGGCGGCGCUCCCCUCCCACUACUCGCAACCGCUCUCCUCUUCUGCUGGCUGGGGCCGUAGCCAUGCCGCCGCCGAGGCUGCCGCUGUGCCUGGCGGCGUUCUUGCUGCUGCUGAUGAUGGGCGCGGCUGAGCCGGACGCGGACCGGGCGGCGCUGCUCGACUUCCUCUGCGGGGUGGGCGGCGGCCGGGGGCGCAUCAACUGGGCGUCGUCGCCGCGGGUCUGCGGCAACUGGACCGGGGUCACCUGCAGCGGCGACGGCUCCCGCGUCGUCGCGCUGCGGCUCCCCGGGCUGGGGCUCUCCGGCCCGGUUCCGGCGGGGACGCUCGGCCGUCUCACCGCGCUGCAGGUGCUCAGCCUCCGGGCUAACAACCUCUCGGGCCCCUUCCCCGAGGAGCUCCUCUCGCUCGCCGCGCUCACGGGGCUGCACCUCCAGCUUAAUGCCUUCUCCGGCGCGCUGCCCCCCCGGCUCGCGGCGCUGCGGAGCCUGCAGGUGCUCGACCUCUCGUUUAACGGGUUCAAUGGUAGCCUGCCCGCCGCGCUGUCCAACCUCACCCAGCUCGUCGCGCUCAACCUCUCCAACAACUCGCUCUCCGGCCGCAUCCCGGACCUUUGCCUCCCGGCACUCCAGUUCUUGAACCUGUCCAAUAACCAUCUCGACGGCACCGUGCCCAGAUCGCUGCUGAGGUUUAACGAUGCCUCGUUCGCCGGGAACAAUGUGACACGGUCGGCGCCGGCGUCGCCAGUGGACACGCCGCCCUCUCUGUCUCCACCAGCGGCCAGCUCGCCAGCGAAGGGGCGGCUGCGGCUCAGCCAGGCGGCCAUUCUUGCCAUUAUCGUCGGCGGGUGCGUCGCGGUGUCCGCGGUCAUCGCCGUCUUCCUGAUUGUGUUCUGCAACAGGAGUGACGGCAGCGAGGAGGUCAGCCAGGUGGUGUCCGGCAAGAGCGCGGAGAAGAAGGGGAGGGCGUCGCCGGAGUCCAAGGCGGUGAUAGGCAAGGCCGGGGACGGGAACCGGAUCGUGUUCUUCGAGGGCCCGGCAUUGGCGUUCGAUUUGGAGGACCUGCUCCGCGCCUCCGCCGAGGUUCUUGGGAAGGGGGCGUUCGGCACCGCGUACCGGGCGGUGCUGGAGGACGCCACCACGGUGGUGGUAAAGAGGCUGAAGGAGGUGAGCGCCGGGCGCCGCGACUUCGAGCAGCAGAUGGAGCUCGUCGGGAGGAUUCGGCAUGCCAAUGUGGCGGAGCUCCGGGCAUACUACUACUCCAAGGACGAGAAGCUGCUUGUCUACGACUUCUACAGCCGGGGAAGCGUAUCCAACAUGCUUCAUGGGAAGAGAGGGGAGGACAGAACACCUUUGAACUGGGAAACUAGGGUAAGGAUAGCCCUGGGAGCAGCAAGAGGAAUUGCACACAUUCACACUGAGAACAAUGGGAAAUUUGUUCAUGGCAACAUCAAGGCCUCAAAUAUCUUCCUCAACAGCCAGCAAUAUGGCUGUGUCUCCGACCUCGGCUUGGCAUCACUGAUGAACCCGAUCACCGCAAGGUCCCGUUCUCUGGGAUACUGUGCGCCAGAGGUCACCGACUCGAGGAAAGCAUCGCAAUGUUCGGAUGUCUACAGCUUCGGUGUCUUCGUACUUGAGCUCCUCACCGGGCGAUCACCAGUUCAGAUUACCGGUGGCGGAAAUGAGGUUGUCCACCUGGUCAGGUGGGUGCAAUCUGUUGUCCGGGAGGAGUGGACCGCUGAGGUGUUCGAUGUCGAGCUGAUGAGGUACCCCAACAUCGAAGAGGAGAUGGUGGAGAUGCUCCAGAUUGCCAUGACAUGCGUCUCAAGGACCCCAGAACGGCGGCCUAAGAUGCCAGAUGUGGUGAGGAUGAUUGAAGAGGUGCGGAGGAUCGACACCGGGACAAGGACCUCGACUGAGGCCUCCACUCCGGUGGUGGAUGUUCAGAACAUGGCAGAAAGCUCAUCUGCCGCUCCCUGAACCUCACUCGUUGGAAUGAACCUUCCCACAAGCAUCGUGUUGUUGUUCGUCUUUCGAGGUAGGGAACUAGGGGGGAAUGGAUCCUGUGAUCUGACGGUACUGCUUACCUACAUGAUGAUUCUUUUGUCGUAAAAUUACAUGUUACGAAAUUGUAACGCCAUUGCCAUGUGGACAUAGUUUGCUUAUUCAGCAUCUGCUCACUGCUGAUGUGUAAGCAAAGAGAACAGCGCCUGCUCUCUGGAGAGCCUUCUUGGAUAGCAUUAUUAACUUCUU